AUGCAUUCACAAAAUAAGGCAGAAGAAAAUUCGUUAUCUAGGCCCUUAACUCACGAGUCUUCAUUUUUAAUCAAGCAUUCUUCCAAUGAAGUGCCUAAACAAAAUUCUCAAGAUCAGUAUUCAUCAAUUGCCCAGGAAAACGCUGGUGAGCAUCCUCAAGUUCUAUCCUCUACUACUUUAGGUUCUAAGGAAAGCUCUUCUGUCCAAUCAAGAAGCUCUACUGAAAGUACACUAGACGAAGAUGUAACUGUAACUCAGAUGAUUUUGACAUUUGCAGCUGAUUCUCACGUGGUUGAAAAUCCACAUCAUCGAAACUUUCUUGCUGACCCAUCAACUAUUAAUACUAUUAAUUUAGAAAGCAAGUCGUUUGAUAAACCACUCCAGGACCAUACAACAGUACUCAGCAGCUUGAUGGACAUCUCUGAAACACCAGCAGUAUCUUCUACUACUCAGCUCUCCAGACCAAAUUCAGCUCAGAGCACUAUGGUUCCAGAGGUCACUAUGACAUUCGCUACUGCCAGAGAGCCGGGUUUACUAUCUAGCGAUUCCUCGAAAGGUUUCUGUCCUCAGCCCGCCAGUCCAGCUCACGUUAUUACCCUGUCGCGAUCCACGAUUAAACGGGCACAUAAACCGUUAGAUUUUCCGGAUGAGCCUGGUUGCGAAGGUCAGCUAGACGAAUUUGAAACGUGCGACUUACUGGCGGAGCAGCCGGAGGAGACCUAUGAGGAAACCCAUAGCCCAUCGGACUCUUUAGUUAUGCACUCUUCUAAGAGGUCUAGAACUCCUUCUUGCGAACAACCUCGACCAGAACAGACUCUCAAGGAACUGGCUCCUCACCAACCUGCUCCACAUGUGUCUACCUCUGCUAACGAAUUAAUCAAACAGACACCGCCGAUUAUUUCUGUUACAAAUGAGGUCAAGCAGGUCACCAGUCCUUCGAUUCCUCCCACAAAGGAGUAUCGAGCAACUGUAAUCCGCAAACCAAAGCCCACCGUGUGGUCCAAGGAGCCGUCUAUUUCUAGGCGCUCAGCUCCAUCCACUCCUUACAUAAUGACUGACUGUACAGCAGCACAUACAUUUAUUGAAACAGUUCCGUUUGCUGCUAAUGCGUCUAUUCUGGGAACAGUUCCAGGUGCCAGCACCAAUUUGGUAUUCCCAGACCUCCCGCCACCUCAAUUUUCAAACUAUAGUCAGGUACGCGAAAACAAUCUUUCUAUCUUGGAAGAGAUGAGCAUGGCUGAUGGCCCCAUUAGCUCUAAAGCCCUUCCGGCCGUUUCUAUCUCCAGAUCUCAUUCAACUAUUCCGCAACACAGUAAUGAGUAUCUCUUGUCUCGUGCCUUCACUCCCGUAGAUGUCAUCGGAGAAGACGUUACUGGACUUGUCCACCAUAUAAGCACAAUUCCGACUACCCUUGAAAAAUCAAUUGUGAAAGCGCUGCCCUCUGUGCGGGUGUCACAUGCAAGGGAUGCAUCUAGCGAACUAGAAGGAUUUCCGCGUUCCCUCGCCGAAUUUCACGCCUCCUCGCAGGCUUCAAGUUCAUUGCAAAUUCCUAACGCUACGGCUGAGGUGGCAACCUCUACACUUCCAACACAACGCUCCUCUCUGCUUGCAGAAGAAUCUCGUCUGCAACUAGAAGACUUGGAAGCCCCAAUACCGGCACAAUUUACCGAAGGGCCGCGCCUGUCCAAUUAUGUGCAGCAAAUGCAUAGCAGUGCACCUACACUACCAUUGCGUUCCGCAUCUGUGACAAAGUCUAUCAUCGAAGAGAUGUAUGCUGAUCAGGACUCGCAGGCCAUGGCUACAGCGCCACUGGAAACAUCCAUUAUCGACGAGCUCUAUUCCACUAAUAAUCUAUCAAUAACUACAAGCCUUGAACAGCCAGCUUUAAUACUAAACCAUGCCAGCCUUCCUGCUAACAUUCAGCCACAACACAAGGACGAUCUUAUUUCCAACUUCCUUGCAGAGCAAUCUAUCGUUCAAAUAAUUCCUGGAAGUAUUGAUGUUUCUAAACAUGAGCGGCAGGAUUCGUUCUCGGCUGCAUUAUAUGAAACGACCACAAAUAUUGAUACAAUUUUGAUUCCUAACAGCCCAGUUGUUGUAUCAACUAUAGAGCUUCCCCUGCCUACCUUCACUGAGCCAGCUCUUUCUUCUCUAACUACCCUCCCACCCGUUGAGACUAUGCCUUCCCGAACUCUCUGUUCUCCCAAACGUAUUGCAAACCCUGCGGCAUCUUUAGAGAAGACUCCUGCUCCAGAUGAUGUAUCUCAUGAUACAAGUUCUUAUCUGCCUACUGAGGGAUCUAAGAUGGAUCCCUCUGACCCUUAUGUUGCUCAAGACUUUUUUGCAUGCACUGCCACUACCGUUCAAAGUGCAACAGUUGCACGAGGUUCCAUCCCUGUGGUAGAGCUGAACUCGUCCACACAGGCGACAGAACAUUCAACGGCAUUAUCUAGUUCAUCAACAGUAUUGCCAAGCCAGCAACAUCAAACCAGGUCUCCAUCAAUCUCAAUGGAGCCGGCUUCCCUUAUUAAGCACUUCUCUAAGGAGCCUAGUAGUUCGUCUAAGCGAAGCCUACAAUUGGAAGAGAUAGAUGUACAGGUUCAGGAGUUAAACAUGUCAUGGACCAAAAACUCUGAACAGCAUAAGACUGCUGUGGCUACUCAGGAGCAUCAUUCCCCUGCUAAGGUUCAGCACGCCCGAUUGCCUCCGCGCGUCAAAAGCUUGGAAAGAGAGAAGCCAUCCUCUGAACCUGCCUCUGAAACGUCCUAUAGACCUAUUAGAACACCCUCCAUUGAAUCAUCGACUACACAUGAAUCGAUUGCUCCACAAAUUAAUCAUCGAAUAGCCCUCAAUGAUCCUUUGCCACAAGAUCUUACGAUCGGUCCAAUAUCGUCGUAUCACACAGAUUAUUCGACUCACAGGACGUCUGCUCCAACGGAAGCCGAAUCUAAACUGGAUAUGGGAUUGUUCAGCGAAGCACAUCAACCUACAAGUGAUCACCCCUCGCGAUUCCGCGACCCAGAACAGAUUAGUGUUCACACAGCCCCUGAUGAUGUUUUCAGCGCCCGAUCUGGUGAACAGUCGGCUAUUCAUGCCUCUGCAGCCAAAGUGGCUUCCAGGCAAGAGCCGUCGGUUUCCAAAGAUCGACCAGCUGGGAGUGCAUCCGUUGGAUCUAAUAGUCGUCAAUGGAAUGAUCAGUUGGCGUCUUCAGUAGUCCGCAGGGACAAGCAGAUCUCACUUGAUCCCCACUACAAUAGCAGCAAUGACCCACAAGUACUUCACGUAGGAACUAAAGAAUCGUCCCAUAAGGACAACAGUAAUUCAGGUACAAAUCGCAUAGCAUCGUCUGUGCUCCAAAACAUCGCUUGUAUUCCUUCUGAAAGCGACACUAUAACUGUGUCCAUCAAUCAACGCAGAACAGGACCGCGCCAAGUUAAGAAGCAGAGUGUCUAUCAAAGCGAUACCAAGAAAACCUCGUUUUAUAAUGAGGACGGUGAAAUAGAGUGUGCUGAAGCAGCUAAUCCGCAGCCGCAAAGCGAAGCAACGGAUCUCCCAGUGACUGGCAGAAAACAGCGAAGAUAA